GUUUAGCUUUCCGGUAUCCAGAAGAAGACUAUGAGUCCUUUCCACUCCCUCCAUCUGUGCCUUUGUUUUGCUUACCUAUGGGGGCCACAAUUGAAUGCUGGGAUCAUCAGAUCAGAUACCCGCUUCCAAUUUUUUCAACGUUUGUUCUUACAGAUUCCUCAGCUGAGAAGGUUUAUGGUGCUGCUAUUCAAUUCUAUGAGCCAUACCCACGUGAGAUGUUGUCUGAGAAACAGAUGAUUCAGCUUGGCUUAAUUACUGCUGUGGAAAAGAAAGUCCUUACUUCCAAAACCAUCAAUUGUAACAAGUGUAUCUGUCUGCUCUCAAGAUGGCCUUUUUUUGAAACGUUCCGCAAAUUUCUUAUGUUCAUCUAUAAACUGUCUGUGUCUGGACCGCACACUCUACCUAUUGAGAAGCACAUAUCACACUUCAUGCACAAUGUUCCUUUUCCAUCUCCUCAAAGACCAAGAAUUCUUGUUCAGCUGUCCGCACACGAUGCCUUGGUUCUUUCUCAGCCUGUGGCAACUCCACUGCCUUUAAGUGGUGCGAACUUUAGCACUCUGCUCAUGAACCUGGGGCCAGAAAAAUGUGCUACUUUGCUAUUCUUUGUGUUAACCGAGAACAAAAUUCUCCUGCAUUCCCUUAGACCAGCUGUACUUACAGGAGUAGCCGAGGCUGUUGUAGCUAUGAUCUUCCCUUUCCACUGGCAGUGCCCAUACAUCCCCCUCUGUCCGUUGUCGCUCGCAGAUAUGCUUAGUGCCCCAAUGCCAUUUAUUGUUGGGGUAGAUUCAAGAUACUUUGAUCUGUAUGACCCACCCCAGGAAGUUAUCUGCGUUGACUUGGAUACAAGCGUGGUUUACAUGUCAGAGGACAAGAGAAGCAUCAACUGGAAGCAACUUCCAAAGAAGCCAGUGAAAAACCUCUUGAGUGUUUUGAAGAAACUUUACCCACAGCUGUCUGCAGUGCACAGAAAAAACCAAGAAGGGUCAGCUGUGGAAAUGACCCCGAUCGAUGCUGAUUUCUCUUGGCAAAAGAAAACAACUGAACUUGAAAUGGAAAUUCAGGAAGCUUUCCUGCGCUUUAUGGCCUCUGUAUUGAAAGGUUACCGGACCUACUUGAAACCCAUUACACAAGCACCGUCUAAUAAGUCUACAGCCACCAAAUCACUUUUUGACCAUCAAGGAUUUUUGAAAAGCCGGGACCGUGCCCACAUGAAAUUCUACUCGCUUCUGACGAAAACACAGAUCUUUACCCGCUUCAUUGAAGAAUGCAGCUUUGUUAGUGAUAAGGACACCAGUUUAGCAUUUUUUGAUGACUGCAUGGAAAAGCUGUUUCCUGAGAAAGGAGCAGAAAAGGGGGGUAAGGCUGAAUUGGACUUCAAUGAAGACACUCGGCUUAUUGAACUGGACGAUUCACAGAAAAGCGAACAUACUGUGUUUGUAAUGCCACCAGAAACUCUCCCGGAGGAUGGGCCUGAUCCUUUACCAAAAUAUAGCUACAAGAGCUUCCCAAGGCUUGACUACGCUCUUUUUGACAGAACAAGAGAGCAGUACCUCUCUUUCAAUGGACACACGUCAGGUAGCCGAGCAAUAAGCAGCCCUACAUUCAUUGCAAAAAGAACCAAACAGGAAAUAAAAACCGCUCAUAAACUGGCCAGGAAAUAUUACACCAGUGCUCCUAACUGGGCCAAAUGUCUCUUCAGCCAGUGUUACAGCCUAUGGUUCAUAUGUCUGCCAGUUUAUGUCAAAGUAUCCCACUCCAAGCCACGUGCGCUUCAGAAGGCUUUUGAUGUGCUUCUUAAGAUGAGAACAAAUGAAGUGGAUCCUUUGGAUGAAGUGUGUUACCGAGUUGUUAUGCAGCUGUGUGGAAUUUGGGAAAACCCAGCCCUGGCAGUGAAAGUCUUGUUUGAAAUGAAAAACUGGGCUAAAAUACAACCGAAUGCAAUCACCUAUGGUUAUUAUAAUAAGGUUGUACUGCUCAGUCCAUGGCCUAGUAGUAAUCACAGUGGAAAAUUUAUGUGGACAAAAGUGAGAAAUGUGGUACAUGGUUUGGCACAGUUCAGAAGGCCUAUGAAAAGGUCAUCAACGAGCAUAAAGCCUGCAUCUGUACCAGUCCCUCAGAGUACUGCACUUGGGAGUGAAGGGGUCAUUGGGAGCAAUCAUAGCCUGGAUAGUUCUAACGAUGCUAACUUGGGUGAGCACACUGACUUCAUGAGCGAUCUAAUCAAGCUUGAUGACACUGAUAACCUUUCUAGCACAGACGGCCAUUCUAAUCCAGUUGCUGGCGCUAAUAAUGAAGUGCACAUAGAUCAUUCACAAAGUCAAGGCGCCCAGACACCUAAUGUUUCUACAGGCCCCUCUUCAAAUCCCAAGGACGUAUCUAGUUGUAAGGAAAAUCUGCUUUCAUCUGUUGAUGUGACAGUAUCCAUCUCUGAAAGUCAUAGUGAAAAGCAACCAGCAAGUCCGGAAGCUCCUCAACCACCAGAGUCCCCUCCUUGGGGUAGCAGCAUUGUUAAAACGACUUCUGGGAUCUUUGACAAUACAGGGAGGAGAAGCAGUAGUGGAACUGGGACGGGACCAUUAACCCCCAUGCUGGAUUCUGUAGAUGAUGCUGUCUUUUCCAGCGACAAUCAGAAAAAAUCUACCGAGAGGGCACAGAAAAGACAGAAAGUUUUUUCAGAGAGGAGUUGCAGUUUUAGUGCAGAAAGCCGGGCUAGUAUGCUGCUUAAGAAAGGCAGUCUUGACUUGACAUCUAAUGAGAUUGCUAUGAAAAUGGGAGCAGAUGUCAAAAUCCUGACAGCUGCUCUCUCUAAGACACCACCUCCACCUUCACAGGGCAACAAAGCCUUCAGUUUUGAUACCAUGGAUGGACAGACAUCUGAGACCCCAAACUAUCCAAAGGAGGCUUCAACAGAGCCUGGUCUACAAGUAUCUGGGCAAAAGUUGCUAGAAGCCUUUGAUCCUUUAAGUACUGUGAAUGAAGAAAGCACAGUGGAAAUUGCAGAGUUCACACAGGGUCCAGUAACAGAUGGAAGUGUUGUUGGAGCUACUCCAAAAACUAAAGAUGAGCUAAACAAGAGAAAUAGCGUACACAGUCUCACAAAGGCAGUAGAAAGGGAAGGGGUUGAGAAAGGCCUUGAUCCAUUGUCUCUCCUGGUUUCAGAAACUGUGGAGAAAGAACAGUCUCCUUCUGAAGAAAAGAUGAUUUCUCCUGUUGUGGCACGUAACCUGGCAGAUGAGAUUGAAAGCUAUAUGAACUUGAAAAGUCCCCUAGGCAUGAAAUCAUCCAGCAUGGAGCUUGCAGGGAAGGAUUCAGCCACUGUAACUGAAAACCCCAGCCAAGGGGGUUCAGAGAGGAGGUCCAGUCUUCCUGCAGAAACAGUGCCUCCAGCAAAUGUACAGAAUGAGAACCAAAAAAAUGCCACUUUCUCCAGGUCCAAGACAUUCACUAACAGUCCUAAGCAUCAUCUUCGGAACCAGAAGGAGCGGUCACUCUCACUCACUGCUCUUGUCCGCUCAACCCAGCAUGGCUCUUUGGGUUCAGUGGUCAACUCUUUACCAGGUCUAAAAUUUGACCAUCUUUUGACAGGACCCAAAAUUGAUGUUCUGAAGUCUGGUAUGAAGCAGGCAGCUAAUGUAGCUAGCAAGAUGUGGGGAGCAAUGGCAUCUGCCUACAACUACUCUGAUGAAGAGGAUGACACUUAUAAAGGUGUGUCAAACUUCCCUUUAAGUAUUGAUGAGCACAUCCUUGGUGACAGUAAGACGGGUCUUCCUGCCAGCGAACUUAGACGGAGCAACACCAGCCUAGGCAGCAGUAGCAGCAGCGCAGACACUGGCAAUUAUGAUCUUCCUUCAGGUGAAGCUGCUUUAGGUAAAGGCACAAAAGCCAUAGAAUUUGAAAAGUCGGACCAUGGAUCUUCUCAGAACACCAGCUUGUCCAGCAUCUUCCAAAACUGUGCUAUGGAGGUUUUGAUGUCCAGUUGCUCUCAGUGCAGAGCUUGCGAUGCUCUGGUGUAUGAUGAAGAGAUCAUGGCAGGGUGGACUGCUUAUGACUCCAACUUGAACUCUACUUGUCCUUUCUGUAAAACAACCUUCUUACCUCUUCUUAAUAUAGAGUUUAAAGACUUGCGUGGUUCUGCCAGUUUUUUUCUCAAGCCGAGUAACUCAGGUGAUAGCUUGCAAAGUGGUAACCUCCCAAUGUCAGGAGAGGCCAGGCAGAAAAAGGAAAACUCUACAGCCAAUGAUUUGAUCAGUUUUGGAAACUCCCCUCAGACCAUAACAGAAGAAACAAGCACAGCCAUUGGACAGAGUGCAAAUGACACCCAGGGUGCAGAUGGUGAAGAUUCAACAACGGUAAAAACCACAUCCAUCAGUGGUGCAACAAAGAGAGUAUCCUCACUGACAAGGAGUAACAGUGUGGGAGGACCUCUACAGAAUUUUGACUUAUCCCAGAAGCCUUCUCAUGGAGUAUCCACUGUUAGCCUUCCUAAUAGUCUGCAGGAAGUUGUGGAUCCUUUGGAAAAGCGUCACAAUCCUCCCCCUGUCUCUGUACCUUACCUUAGUCCCCUUGUACUGCGUAAAGAGCUGGAAUCCCUAUUGGAGAAUGAAGGAGACCAGGUCAUCCACACAUCUACUUUUAUCAACCAGCACCCCAUCAUAUUCUGGAACCUAGUCUGGUACUUUAGACGCUUGGACCUGCCUAGUAACCUGCCUGGGCUUAUUCUCACUUCUGAGCACUGUAAUGGAGGGGUGCAGCUCCCACAGUCCUCUCUGUCUCAAGACAGCAAGUUGGUUUACAUCCAGUUGUUGUGGGACAAUAUCAACCUACACCAUGAGCCUGGGGAGUCUCUCUACGUCAAAUGGAGGAAUUUAGAAUCUGCCAAGAAAUCCUCAUCUCCUGUUCCUGAUGAUCUUCAAGCUGAUGGCAAUUUAUUGGACAGCAUCACUCAGAGCAUCCAGCACAAUGACGUCCUGAAACCCAUCGGCCUUCUCUUGCAAAAGAGCAACAUAGCUGGCAAACGGCAAAGGAGCGUGUACAGAGAAAUCCUAUAUCUUUCCUUAGUCGCCCUCGGAAGAGAAAAUAUUGACAUUGAGGCCUUUGACAAUGAAUACCAGCUUGCUUACGCAAAUCUGCCCCCUGAUCUGCUCGGCAAAAUUCAGAAAACCGAUGUGCCCCCAAGUAAGUGCGUCAGCUGCUGCAGGAAUAUCUUUGGAGCUCCCCUGAUAUAAAAGUGGUUGCCAUCCUCUGAGUUUUGGGAAUAAUAAAGUUUCUUCAUGAUACCCAAGAUAUAAGCGCCUAUAUUCAAACUCAAGAAUGAGGAGCUUUCAACUACUUCCUCCUCGAUUGUGGUCUUUUAUCUACACUUUGUCAGUCCAGCAAUUCAAUGAAAGACAUUGGACGUGGCUUUUUUUUACCUAGGCUAAUUUGUAGCACUUUAUUAGUGUCUUACUCUGUGACAGAAGGUUUUGCACUUGUAAAUAUAAUCUGCCUCAAAGUGUGAAUUGACUCAUGAACACUACAGCAAAACUCUGACAACAAUCUUGUAAAAAGGAUAUUGUCUUUUUGUCAUUUGUACAUUGUAAUUUGCAUUCAUGUGCAGAACCAUUGACUGGAAAACACAAACCAGUGGAUUAGAUGCAAGACCUGGGGCUAUCUAGGGCCUCAGUGUAGCAGGAUUGACAAUGCAUUGAAAUAGACUUUGCUGCAAUAUCCAGUAGGCCUUACUGUUAAAGACUGUGCCUUAUAGUAUAACUAUGUUCACAAUGUAUGUUUUCUAUAGAUGCUUGACAUAUAGCUGUCUUCUGUUAGCUCCAUGCAGUGCUUAUUUGUAGGCCAAGCAUUAUUUUUAACAGUAAAACACAUACCUGUAUGACAAUCUUCCUAAUUGUAACUAGAAAUCUGUAGCAUUUACAUCAUUGAUCGGGACUUUUGCAGAUAUGGCUGUAAAACCACAACCAAUAUAAAGACUUUGUAACCAAAUAAGAGUGCUUUUUACUGGUUGUAUAAGGAUAUUAUUUCCAUGUAUAUUGUACAACGUAGCUCUAAAUUAAGGUAGUUAAUUGUAACAUGCUGUAAUGCAGUUGUAAAUAUGUGAUCGUUUAUUAGAUGAGUGCUGUACACCUGAGAUUUCAGAAAAGUCUUAAAGGGAUACUGUCAUGCAGUACAAAGCUGGGAUAUUUGAAGAGGUUAAAUAUGCAUUUUCCUGCAUUGACUUAAUAUUGCAUAGUUUCAAAGUUUGCUGACAUGUUUUAGACUGUUCAUGCAUAGUAAUCCUAGCUAUAUGGCAUUUAUACUAAGGCUAUCUAGUGUGCUUAUCUCACAUUCAUCUACUGUUAAAGUUAUGUCAAGUUGUGGUUUAGUAUAGGUGAAAUACUAUAUAUAUAUAUAUAUAUAUAUAUAUAUAUAUAUAUCAUAAAGGAAAUUAGACUGCUGUAUAAAUUCUAAUAGGGUGGCAUUAGGUGAGGGUGAGUGUUUUGCAAAACAUUAGAUUUUGUUUUUGUUAACUUCCCUUUAUCAACUGUAACAUUUGAAUAUUGAAUGUGACAUUUCAAUAUUACAUUUUAACUGUUCACUUGUUUUAUUAUUAAAGGGAUAUUCCAGCCAAAAUUGGAAACCACGUGGGUGCAUUUGGGUAUAGAACAGAAGCAAUUUUGUAAUAUACAUGUAUUAGCAAAAAUGAUUCUAAUAAAAGCUAUAGUUGUUUCAAAAGUGUAUUUUAAUAUGCACCGUGCACCAGCAUUUUAAACACAGCACUUUCUUAGAGAGCCUAAGGUACUUGUACCAUCUGGUAAUGACUCAAUUUGUCAAUUGCUGACAUGAUACAAGCCCCAAUGAUUAUCUGAGCAGCUGCAUUAUUUAAAAUGUGGGUGCAGUGACAAUAUCUAGCUAUGCUUCGCAUGCACAUGCAGAGAAAAAUGUUAACACUAAAACAGUGAUAACUUUUAUUAGAAGUAUUUUUGCCAAUACAUCUAUAUUGCAAAUAUGUUUCUAUUCAAAGAUGAAAUAAAUCUAUGUGCAUUUACAUUUUAACUGGAAUGUCCCUUUAACAUUUGAUUGUUGACUCUCAUAGGCUUCAUUUAAUCUGUGUUUUAAAACAACAUUCAUUCUAAAGAAACCUUCACCCUAUCAUUUGAAUGGCAAAAUAUAAAUGUUUGCCAGUUCCUAGGCUUUAUACAACUAGUCUAAACACUUAUCUGAUUUUACUCAAAAAGGAAAUUAAAACAAAUCAAAUCUAAAGCUACCAUCUCUCCUCCAUCUUGUUUUAUGUGUCUCACAUGGGAAAUUUCCUGCACAUUAAAGGGAUAUAGUUUUUUGGGGGGGGUUUUAAGUGGGUUUCAGUUUUUUUAAUUGAUGUUCCUGCCCUAAUAAAACUAUUUAUGCUACAUACUUGUGGAAGAUUGUCAAGGUCCACUAACAGAUCUGUGGAAAUUGUCCUUUUAAGACAUAUUUAGGGCAAGUGGCGUGCUAUGGUUUGCACACAUGAGAUAUCAGGUUUUUGUGGUCGCUUGCACUCCAGUUAAAUUCUGCCCGUAUUUGCGAACGCGUGAGCGCAAUCCCAACUUACGCUAGAAUGAUUACCGCAACUUCAGAGCUCUGGUUAACUGUUACGUGAGCCAAGUCAAAAGUGUUACAAAACAUAUCAAAAAUACAUUUAAAAUUACAAUUACACUCAUAUUAACACUAUCUAAUAGAGAGAAAAAAAACAGGCCAUAAGUACUUUUACAUAGGAAUCCAUAGGAACACGUAUGUAUAUAAAUAUAUAUGCAUAUAUUUCAAUACUUAUGUAUUUCUGUAUAUAUUUUUCAGACAUAUAUACACAUAUAAAUACAGAUAUACAUAUGUAAUAUGUAUAGAAAUACAUACAAGUCUCAUUGUAAUCCUGCGCUCGUGUUAGCGCGAGCUGGCAGUUAUUUUUUUUUUCUUCACUUUUUUUUUUUAUCUACUAGGAACUACGAUCCUGCGUUUGAACUGCGCAAACUCUUUUUCUGCUCGAGGAUGCGACCGCAAAAUAUUUACUUGCGACCUGUAAUACGUGCGCAACUAGUAAGUUAACAGCAGAUAAAGCCCUCGCGGGAGAGCUGUAUUCAUAAUCUAGCCCUUAGUUGCUCCUCUUUCGUAUCCCCAAUUAUGCUUUAAUGCCUUCUUAAUCACAUAAUCAUCUUGUGUGUGUGAGAAAAACUCAAUACACUACAAGGCAGAAUCAUGGUUUAAUUCUGUGAAAAUUUCCGAUUUUUUUUUUUUCUUCAACUACUUAUGCUUGUAGGAAAACAUUUUUGUUCAGCAGUCAGACAUUAUGAGUUACAAUUACUCAGAUUGCUACCAUUUUAUUGCUUGGUUUACUUUGUUCAGUGGAAGCAAUUUACGUGAAUUAUUAAUGCUUUAACUGAACCAUAAUAAAUGCACUACAAUAACCUUCAGUUUUAUAACAAUAUCCACUACAGGAGCAGCUUCAGGGGAAGUGUUUGGUCCUGCUGCCAUCAAGCUCAGAUAGUAAGAAUUAAACUCUCAAGCAGAAAGAAAUACAAAAAAUAAAAGGUUGCUUGAUUAAAUACAUUUCAUUUUCAUGGAAGAUGGUCGUAUAGAAAGAAGAAAAAAGAACCUAGGUAUUGUAAGACCGAAUUAAUCAAACUGGUGUACGUUUAGUCUUAUGACAUAGCUCAUUGUAACUUUUUGUUACAUAUUGUGUCCUGGUAAUAUACUUGCCCAUUGAUAGACUGUAUGAUCUGGAGGGCUAGAUACAUCUACUAGGAAGCCAUUUAUAGCCUAAUGUAAUCCUUUAAAUUGUAAUAUAAAUGCACAAUCGCAAAGUGCCUUUUCAUAAUAUAAAUUCUAUACUCAAAUAUUUUUUAUUUACUUUUUUUUCAGCUUCAUUGUAUUUUGAUCUCUGGUUAUAGUGCACAAAUUGUCACAUCAAGGUUUAAUUACUGUUAUAUACUCUCACUGAAUCAUACAAUUAUACUAUUACCUUUUACUUGUGUUCUGCUGGUUGCAUUAAUGAUAUUGCACUACUAGCGUGUCAGCUUCUGACAGCCUUGCAAGACUGGCACUGUUUAAUUUUACUGCUCCAUUUUUUCCUCAUCUCAAUUUUUAAUUUAAAAUAGAUCAAUUACUGACAUUUUACUGCACAGUCAAUACUGUUUCUGUAGGUCCCAAAAUAUUCAUAACUAUUAAAUAUAGUAAUCUUAUAGCCGCAUAAUCUCACACAGCUCUGUUUAAUCAGAGUAAUAAUCAAAACAUGCAUCAUGUGUCCCUAAGGUAUAUAUAUCCCUUUUAUAAAGCAAGUUAUGAAGUCUUGUAGUUGAGGUAUGACAUACACCAAAAAUCACACAAAUCUCUCUAUUACAAUAGUUUAUUAACAUGAUGAUUUUGAAAGAAAUCUAUUUAUAUAAAAAAAAGAAAAUAGUGCAUCUAUUGGGAAUGCUCAUAUACUAUUGAGUUUGAAUGUGAAGGUCCUGUUACAUUGCCGUCCAUAAUAUAUAAUAAUGAGGUUUUACAUAAACAUAAGUCUUAUGUUGACAUUCCAUACAAGAGUGACAGGAGUGAAUUAUUUAAGGUUGUUAGUAUCUAACACAUUUAGGUCUAUUGCAAUAGGGGGAAAAUUACUCUGGGAAUUUAAAAAGGAAAAAAGGCUACUAAAUUAGUUCAAAUUACUUUAUAUCAAUAAAUUAACUUAGUUCAAAUGUAUAAGUUUUUACUUUGUAUCUUAGUAGCAUGAUUGGAGGGGGGGUUGGUUGGUAUUUUUUUCAACAUAGUCUCUCCCUGAUUAUUUUAGAACUCAUCUGUCUAAUAAUGUUACAAAUUCUGACAGUGUGGUCAUUUUUGUUUUGUAACCCUAUAAAUAUAAAAUUAUUAGUGUGUCUACAUGUUACAAUGUUUAGAAAAUUAUGGUGAACAACUCUGGCUCCCCAGAUGUUUUGGAACUUCAUUUCCCAUGUUAUUCAGCCAAAAUGAGUCUGAGCAUCAUGGGAAAUGUAGUUCCAAAACAUCUGGGUUGCAAGGUUUAUUACCAGCUCGUGUGUGACGUGAUCUCUAAAACAAAAGCACUAUUUUUUUCAUUAUUUUAUUAAAUCUAAGACCACUUUACAAUCUAUAUAGUACAGAAAUACGAAUGCACAUUAUAGAUUCUGUUUAUUGCACAGAAAUGAAUCCUUAACUGUGAAGGGUUCUACAGUUGAUGGGAAGGUGCCUUAUCAAUAUAUGACUGUACAUAUGCAAAUUGAAUUAAAAAGAUCCUGUAAUUCAUGCAGUUUAUAGAAAGGUUAAUAGAUCAGUAGGUUUAAAUACCUGUAAAUAAGUUACCUGUUUCCUGCACAUUUUCAUUAGCAAUGCAAUGCAUAUUGCACUAUUGUAAACUUUACUUCCUGUGCUUUUAGUUAAAAUGUAUUUGUUUGUUUUUGUGUACAUUUGAGCAGUUCCGAAAAUUCUAGGCUUUUGUUAAUAGAAUUUUAUAUAGAAAUGUAAGAUACAUAGAAGUGCCUUAUUCAUGUUUCCUGGAAAAAAAAAUAAAAAAGCUUGAACGUCA